AUGCCCAUCUGUAUCGAGUGUCGCUACCCGACUACCCAGCUCUAUACCGAGUAUUCCGGAGGAUCGACUGGUCAUGGAGUACGAUUAACCGUUUGUAAGAAUUGUGGGCGAUUUUGCGAUAAAUAUGUUGAGCAUGAUUUUGUGGUUUUGUUUAUUGAUUUGGUUUUGAUUAAGCCACAGCCUUCAAUAAUCCGUCUUGGUGUCCUUCUCCUCCUCUUCGAUGUCUACCUAACAUGGGCACGUAUCGAAAAGCAAACUUCCGCGCCCAUCUCCGCUCCGAUCGAAACAGAUAAUACGAAUUUCCUCCGCCUAGCUGCUCAACCCAUUGUAUUCCAGUACAUAUUCUUUCUCAUCCUCUGCGCCCUUUCAACACUUAGCUUUCACCUCUCUAUCCGCUUUCUCACAUCGUCGCCACUUUCGCCUCUAGUAUUCUUCGGUCUCCUCCCAAAAUACACACGUCCGAAUUCCGUAUCUACAGCGCUACUAGUCUCGUCUUCUACGAAAUUAUUCCCUAUUUUGAUGGUAAUAUGGGAGUAUGACGUACCGGCUGCGGCAAGAAGUUUAGGAUGGGCUGUUGUUGCGAAUAAUGUGGAGGCUUUGAAAAUAUUACUGGAUUGUGGAUAUGGGACUGCAGCGAUAUUGGCGACAGUUGGAGCGAUUAGCAGGUGGAUGAUUGGGAGGGGGAUACUUUGGGCGGUGGGUUUGGAUGGGGUUGACACGGUUGGGGAUUCAGGGGUAGCGGCCGAUGGAAAGGCGCUUUGGGCGGUAGUGGAAUUGGGUAGAGAAUGGGGUGGAAGGUUGGGCUUAGGGUGA